GUCUGGGUUUUCAUCAUCAAGUUGUAUACCCUAUUGAAUGCAAAAAUUAAGAACAGGAAUAAUUCAGAUGAAAGCUCUUUAGCGAUAUACCAUAUUCACAGGGAUAAGGAAGAGGAAAAAAUCGAGAAAGCAGUUAAGCGUGUUAUACUUUUGUAUGUACCUGAUGCGGACCUAAUUUGUUCAAUUUAAAUUGUGACCAAUAUGGCCUCCUUCCUGACUAUCAAUGACGACUGCCUUUGCAGAAUUAUUUCCUUUUUGGACGAUCCGGUUUCGUUUCACAGCAUUGCUGUCUCCUGUAAGAGGGUUCAACAGGUGAUUAACAACACUCGGAGCAUUCUCCAUCCAAAGUUGCUGCGAGUAAAAGCUGAAUAUUACAUAAAAUGCUACCUUGUGGAAAUCACCGAUGACGAGAGCGACUAUGGCUACAACAAGUUUAGCGAUUUGGAAGAUAUUUUCUCCGAUGCUGCGCGCCUUACAGCAGCUAAGGAAUUCCUUACUUAUACAAAAGUAGUAAAUGCUUGGAAGAGAAACGGACCCGUGGCAGCUAAAUUGUUGACAUGGGUCAGAAAUCAGGAGAGUAGGACAGAAGAAGGCGAACUGGGAGAGACUUGUUUUACCGAAUAUCUAAGUGUCAUGUUGCAUUUGCCAGGCUGUGACAAGGACUUGAGGAUCGAUACCACCAUCUUUUACGAUCACAGCGGUGAUAACGACGGCGAGUUGACCAUCCAAGUAACUUGUGGAGAUUUGGAUAUAAAGUCAGAAGGUGAGUUCGCAGGUUGUUUCUGAUGCAUUUAAGCUUAUUUAAGAUUAGUAAUAAUGAAAAACCGUCGAUAAAAGAAGGUGACACCUAUUCCUUCAACAAAACAGACACCAUUUACUUGCCUGGGGAUAAGAAAAAUUUUUGUCUGGCAUGAAAUCUGACAGAUUUUUCAAUUUACAAGUCAUAAUUUAAUGAAAACAUUACCUAAGAAAAUUUGAUCUCAUUCUUUGAGUGCGAGUCUUCUAUGCAGAAGGCUGCCAGAAUAUUUAAUUUUUAUCCGGCAAUCAAAGGGUGAGGAUGGAAGAUUAAUUUUGUACCUUUGAAUGCUGCAUGACAGUAAGUACUCAGGAUACUCAGAGUACACUAUUAUGGCUCCCAAGUUUACAUUCGUGUUGAAUUCCCAGGUCCAAGUACUGCUAAAGUUGUAUAUCCAUGGGAUUGGCGUGUGGUGAUUAACAAAUGAUUAUUAAAAUUAACAACUUGUAAAUUUGAGGGGGAUAAAUCUUCUCAAGAUUUUUGCUGGAGCAAAAAAAAAAGGGGUCAGCCCAGUGCGCAAAGGCCUUUGGGACUGAGUGUCGGUCUGAGAUAGUAAUUGACUGUGUGACUGAUUGAUACAGUGACUGACUGACUGACUGACUGACUUAAUGAAUAAAUGACAAAAGGGAAGAUGGAAAUAGUUGGGUGUGGAAGUGAGUGAGUGAGUCAAGGAUUGGCUGAUAAAUUAAUUGAGUUAUCCAGUAAGUAUCCUUUAUUUUUGCAAUAUACCUGCUUGGGUUUCAAUGGUGAGUUAAGUAUCCCAGCCAAAAUAAUUGUAAAAAAUUUGAACCUAAAACAAGGUUUUUGUGGCAAACAUGGGUGUGGAUGACUAAGGUGACCACCUCUUUUCAAGGAAAAAUGACAAUUUAUAUGAAAAUCAGGUUAAUUUUGAAUUUUAGGAAAAGUUAUUUUAGGACCCUCUACUGAUUGUCUGUGAUAAAGUGCAGAGGUAUUUUAUGUUUAUCAAUUUUGUAGUAGUUAUGGGCAAGCUGCCCUUUUACAUCUGUCGCUAUUAUGCACAAUUCUAUGUAAGUAGACAGUUUCUAAUGCUAUUUUUACUCUAUGAUUAAAUUACCAUUUUCAAAGGCAGAGUACCAUUUUGUGAGAGUUACAUCCGCUAUUGCCCUAGCGAUUAUGAGUUUUGGAAAGAAAAAGAAGUUCAAGCAGUAGUUAAACCAAUGAAACCAGUCGUGGAACUCCUGCAGAAGGAGCUUGGUGAGACAGUUCCUCCGAUGACAAACAAUUUUUUUGUCUGGUUGUGUUACUUCUUUCCACACCAGGGAACCUUGGAAACAGAACACAAGCUUAGUUUUGAAGACCCAUCUAGGAAUGUAACACCCACCCCUGAGGAUGUUCAGCCAGUUAUAGAUCUGUUUCAUCAGAACCUUCAAGCUGAUACCAGCUUGAAAAACUUGGUUUCUGGAUGGAAUGAUCCUGAUUCAAACCUCUCCAGUCUGAUUGCCCAAAUUAUGGCUGUCUUGAUCCAGAGAUCAGAGACAGAAUUCUUUGAAAAGCUUCAAAGGGAUACCAAUGUCUUUUAUGAGAUUGCAUCAGACCUUAAGCAGAAGCUACUCCCCAAACCACUUGUGCAGGACUUUCUUUUGCGAACAGAGCUUGUGUCUAGUGAUUACGACCCUGGUUCAAUUGCAGACAAGUUUGUACAAGGUGAAGCUUCAUUCAGGUUUUCAGGAGGUAAAGUCGUGACAGCUGUAGGUGGCAUGCAUGGGGAUGGGGCAAGUUCCCCUUCUUGGAGUGAAUUGGAGCUUACAGUCACCCUACCGGGUGGCAAAUUAUUGGAGCUGGAUGCAACCUGCAGAUAUUGGAGUGAACCUCUUCAAGUUGAAAUGUUGAGCCCAGUUACUGAGCUAUUUCAGCAGAGUGUAAAUAAAUGCAUGGAAGGAGAGGAGCACAUCCCCAAGUUAGGUGACCACUUUACAGCCUCUUAUCUUUUGCAUGCCAUGAAGUUUGGCAGAGAAGAUGAAACAUUCCUUUGAAGAAAUACACGACAAGAAUCUGAUCCGUACAUAGUCUAGUGAGGAAGGAUCAUAUGAGUAGAGUGAAGAGGAACAUAGUGAUUCAUGAACAAUAAAUUUUUCACCUACUUUAUGGCUUUAAACAGUAUUUUAUUCAUAAGGACAGUUGAAAUUAGUCAACAUAACAGUGCAAGGACUGUAACUGUAUUAGUUUAAACUUUAACAUAAGUGUAGCAAAUGUCCCUGAAAACCAUGUGAUCUGCUCUAAAUUCUCUCCCCACCUCCCCCCUUCUCCCCCUUUCUCCUCAGAUGAUGAAUACUGACUGGUCUCUAAAACUAAAAACAAUCAUAAUGACUUUGUCUUUCACUCCAGUGCCUUGGGCACUGCUCUUGUUUUACUUCUGGGUUCUACUUUAUGGUUUGCAAUAUAUCUUUUCUUUACUCUCUUUGACUGUUUUAAUG